AUGAGCGAAGAAUUUCCUACGCCGCAACUCCUGGAUGAGUUGGAAGACCCACAAAAUUCUGCUGUAUUGGACAGUAACAAAGGGCUAAGUUCCAAUCGUGUGUUGAAAGAUAUUUUUGCCGGUACCGUUGGUGGUGUUGCACAAGUUCUUGUUGGACAACCGUUUGAUACAACAAAAGUUCGACUUCAAACUGCGACUACAAGGACAACAACACUGGAGGUAUUGCGUAAACUUGUUAAGAAUGAAGGUGUGUUUGCAUUUUAUAAAGGCGCCUUAACGCCGUUAUUGGGGGUAGGUAUAUGUGUCUCAGUACAAUUUGGUGUGAACGAGGCCAUGAAAAGAUUUUUCCAUACCUAUAAUGCCUCCAAGAACGCGAAUAUAAGCUCCCAAAACGUAGACCUCUCGCGUUCAAAUACACUUCCACUAUACCAGUACUACAUUUGUGGGCUGACAGGUGGUGUAGUGAAUUCAUUUUUGGCCUCGCCGAUUGAACAGAUUAGAAUCCGUCUACAAACACAGACAUCAAAUGGCGGAGACAGAGAAUUUAAAGGACCCUGGGACUGUAUCAAAAAAUUGAAGGCCCAAGGUGGGUUGAUGAGAGGGUGGUUUCCAACAAUGAUAAGAGCCGGGCACGGGCUAGGGACGUAUUUCCUUGUGUACGAGGCAUUGAUGGCUAAAGAAAUCAGCACCGGAUUAACAAGAAACGAAAUUCCUCCUUGGAAACUGUGUCUAUUUGGUGCAUUUUCCGGCACAAUGUUGUGGUUGACGGUGUAUCCAUUGGAUGUCGUGAAAUCUAUCAUACAAAACGAUGAUUUACGAAAACCCAAAUACAAGAAUUCCAUUUCCUACGUAGCAAAGACGAUCUACGCCAAAGAAGGUAUCAGGGCUUUCUUUAAAGGGUUCGGGCCCACAAUGGUUAGAUCCGCACCUGUAAAUGGUGCUACGUUUGUCACAUUUGAACUAGUCAUGAGGUUUCUCGGAGAAGAUUAG